AUGUAAAAAGUAAAGAUUAUUCUUAUCAAUUCAGAACGAUUAUGGUUUUGAUGUUGAUGAAAAAUUGAAGGAAAUUCAUAAUAAACAUUCUGAUGAGGCAAUUAAAUUGAAAGAAGAAGAUGACCAAGAAGUUGGCUGUGGUUAAGAAGAUGAGACUAAUGUAUGUGUUUACCUACUAUUCUAUUAGAUUAAGCUGGAGCUAGGGGAGCCAAAUAGGCUGCAUAAAGUGUCGUGUUUUAAGAAGAAAAGGUUUCUUUGCCUGUUGCUUAAAUUCCAAAUGAUUAUUCAAAUUUAUAAGUAGGUGCAGAAGUCAAAUAAUUGUUUGAGUUUAUAGCUAGGUAUUUCCAUUUUUCAUUUAAGUUACAACUAUAUAAAGUUCCUUAAAUAGUUUUGGAUGCAAUAUUAAAGCCAUUUAUUCCAGAUUAUGCACCUGAGACAAUUGGUUUAUUUACAUUAGUAAUCUAAUUAUAUAUAUAAUUGAAGGAUUAAUCUGCUAUAAAUCAAUCCUAAAUUAGAUUUACCGAUGAGAGAAAUGUAAAAGUAAUAAAUAGGGGCAAAAAAUACUACUAUUUAUCCUAUAAAAAAUUAACAACCCAAAGGAAAUUACAGAUUAUUGAUGUAGCAGAAAUGCAUAAAAAAUAGUAACCUUCAUCUGUUUCAUAUUCUAAAUUAUGCUUGAUAUUGAAGAAUUAAUGUAAGUCUGGCCGUUAGAAAUCGAAGACUUAUUCUAAAGCACUUAAUUACAGGGUGACACACAUGGGUUUAUAAGAAUAUUGUUAAUUUCUCAUGCAAUUUGUUAGAUGUACUUAUUUAUUAAAUUAAUAACAAUAAAAAAAUCAUAGAGUCUUUGCAUUUUUUAUUGGCGUUGUUUUCAGAAUUCAAAAAAAAUUAACUUUUUCGACAAAACAAUGA